AUGUUCCCUCUGAAAACUUCUUUUCCCUCUCUCUCUCUCUUUCUGUUCUUCUACCAUUGUGCUGUUAUUAUUCUUCUCCUCUCUCGUAGACGCUGUCACCCUUCGCUCACCUCCUCCUCUAUGUGGACUUCAUUUAUUUUCUCACUUCAUCUAUAUUCUCAAAAUCACUUUCGAGAAAAUCUUCUUGAUUUUCUUUGUUUUAUCGUUUAUUUCGCUUUACUUGUCGAUGUCUUUUUCUGUUUUCCUUCUUUUCUUUCAUUAACUUACUUCUUUGCUCCGAUCAUUUCUUUCCUUUACUCUUUUCUCACUUUUUCAGCUUCUCUUUUUUUUAUUCCCCCCUCCAUUACUGUUGAAUUACUUUUUUUCCCCUCUUUCUGGAAAACAGCUACGUCAUCUAUCUAUCUAUCUAUCUAUCUAUCUAUCUAUCUAUCUAUCUAUCUAUCUAUCUAUCUAUUCAUUAUCUAUCUAUCUAUCUAUCUAUCUAUCUAUCUAUCUAUCUAUCUAUCUAUCUAUCUCAGUCUAUUCCUUUUCUAUCUAUCUAUCUAUCUAUCUAUCUAUCUAUCUAUCUAUCUAUCUAUCUAUCUAUCUAUCUAUCUAUGUAUGUGUGUGCGUGUGCAAAUGAAUAUCAAGCUGGAUAUCUGUAUUGACACGUUUUACUCCGAAAAUGUACUUCUUCAGACUGAUAACUUGUUCUUGAUAUGUAUAAAAGAGUGA